CCGUGGCCAUCACUUAGGAACCAAACCGGGGAUAGCGGGACUCCGGUCUUUCAAGAUGCAGGGGUGACUUCUUUGACUUGGUCUGCAUCUAUUCAACUUCGAGCUUUGAUAUCGAGCCAGCAUGCCGAAAAGCUCUGAUGGCUCAGGCGAAGGCUCGAGCGACGAGGGCUCACACGAACGUCGCCUGUCGUCGCUGGUGCUUCGACCCGCCAUCACUAACUUGCCGUCGAUUGGAGGAGAUGGGGCCUCUGAUGACGAUGAUGACUCCGAGACGGAGGUCGUGUUCAGUCAUAUUAACUGGGCAGCGCAAGAGUCAAUGAUCGGCGACGAGGAGCUGGUGAGCCCUGGGCGAGCGCGGCUGCCCGCGGCGGAGUCGCCACGAGUGGCGGUUCGGCCGCAACCCGUGGCACCCUCAGCAGCGGUUCCCGGCGCACUGCCCAGCUCUAAGCAGACAGCCGGGGCGGAGUUCGCUACGCUUCCUGGUCACAGCCACGAUCGUUCCUCUCUGUCAACGCCUGCUCGUACAGAGCAAGCAGCGCGGCGCAGUGCAGCAGGUCCUGCAGUACCAGCUGCACGUCUUCAAGCGAGGGCCUCCCAAAAAGCGGGUAGCGACGCAGAGGACGAUGAGGAUGAAGACGGGAGCAGUGCAGGCGGGGGCGCGGCGGACACGGAGUAUGAGGGGCGUGGCUGGUUGUCAGGCGCUGCUGGGCGACUGGCAAAUGUGGAGGAGCGCAAGCGGGCGGCGGCCGCAGCAAGCGACGCUGACCAUGUUGCUGCGGCCGCACGUGAUGCCGCGGCGCUACAGCUGCAGCUACAGCAGCUCGCUAUUGCAGCGUCGUUGGCUGCCGACGCACUCGGCGCGACCGUGGCAGGAGGACCCGCCGCCGCCGGCUCCUCGGCUGCCGCGGGGUCAGUGGUUGGUGAUGACGGCAGCGGCAGCUUGGCGGGUGCCGAGUCCAGCACCAGUCCCGAUCGUGCGGCGGUGCUGCGGAAGCUGCGGGAAGUAGACCGGGAGCGGGAGCAGCGCAUCGCGGCGGACUUCCAUGCAGCUAUCCAGGAGGCGGAGGCGGAGCCGCUGCUCGUGGCGGCGACUGGACUCAGCCUGGAUGCAGGCCCGGUGGCAGGCUUGGGGCUAGACGACCUUGAUGCACUCAUUGCGCGGCUCAGCUCCGGCGCCACAGACAUGGGUGCCGGCGGCAGUGGUACCGGGCCCGCCAAGUCUUCGGCAGCAGCCGCGGUGGCCCCUGCGGCGUCUGGUAGCGGCAAAAGCGCCUGGGCGACGGAGCUGCCGGCCGCUGACAGCUUGUGGAGCGAUGAAGAGGAGGAGAAGAAACCAACGCCGCCGGCGCCACGGCCGGCCGCGGCACCGCCGGUGAAGCCUUCGCCAUCGGUGCAUGCACCUGCGCCCCCAACCCCAGCCACUGCCACUACGAAGCCGCCACCUGCUGCCGCGGGCCCGCCGGCACCGCCGUCGCCUAGCAGCGGCGCUGCUUCCGCGCCGCUGCUGCCGCCCAUGCCAGCAAAGUUCAAGUUCUUUGCCGCGCCGCCGCAGGCCGGCGCGGCGGCGCCCGCCGCCGCCGGCGCGCCGGCGGCACAGUCAGGUGCUGACAGCAGCUCCUCCGGCCCUGUGAAGCUGGACCUGCGCCAGAGCAUUGCCGAGACGGUGGAGCGAAACCGGCGUGAGGCGGACGAGGCGGCAGUCAAGGCAUUGGAGGCAGAGGCAGCGGCGCGCGCUUCGGAGGCCAAGGCGGCGGCGGCGAGGCGGCGUGUUGUCGACAGCGAUGACGAUAGCGAGGAUGACGAGGCGGCGGAAGCGGCGCGGCGGGCGGCGAAGGUGAGGCCACAGCCGCCCCCCAAGCAGUCGCCGCCACCUGCUCCAGCUCCACCGCCAGCGCCGGCAGCUGCACCCGCUGCCGCGCCCGCGCCUGCACCGGCAGCGACUGCAGUAACUGCGCCGCAGAAGAAGGUCACAGCCACGGCCUCGGGAGGGGCCUCGACUGACUUGGCGGUGUCCGGGGCACCCGGCUCGACCGUUACUACCGGCGCGGGCAGCGCAACGGCGGUGUCGCGGCGGCCAGCGCUGAGCGACUCGUCCACCUCCUCCAGCUCCGUCGCAGUUGCCAGCGGCACCGCCGCUGGCAGCACUACCAGUCGCAGCGUGACGCUCAGCGGCGCCGCGGGCGGCGGCAGCGCCACCGCGGUGGCCUCCUCCAGCACAGGGACCGACUCCUCGGACCUGCGUGCCAGCGCCUCCAAGUCCGUGUUCGUGGGCACCUCGGAGAACAAGACUGCGGAGGCGGAGGAGGAGGAGCGGCAGCAAGACAUCCGUGCGUACCUCAAGGCGAGGCAGCAAAAGCAGGAGCAGGAGCGGGAGGCGCAGCGGCAGGCACGGGCAGCAGAACAGGAGGGGAGCGAGGACGAGGACGAUGCGGACGCAGGACCAACGGGGGCGGCCGCCGCCGCUGCGGCCGCCAAGUCUGCAUCGGAGCGCCGCUGGCCCUCGCCGCCGCCUGCAGUGGCGCAGCGCGAGGCGGCGAUCGGCGCGCAUCCCCUGUCCAAUGGCGUUGGGCCGACAGCCAAAAAGCCCGUUGCCGCAACCUCCGCACCGGCGGUUGCCACCAGCACCGCGGUGGGCCCCGACGGCGACGAUGAGGAGGAGGAGGGCGCGCCCGCCCGCGCCUUUGCGCAGUGCAGCACAGAGGGCGACGAGCAGUGGGUGGCGGAGCCGACGCCGUCCACGGUGGUGCACGCCAGCCGCGAGCGCGGCGCGCGCAUGGCUGCGGCUGGCACCGUGCUGGCACCGCUGGGGCCUGCCGCCGCCGCCGUCACCACCGCUUCCGCGAGCCCCAGAAGCAGCACCACGAACGACAUCGGCAUCACGGCCGUGUCACCGGUGGCGACCAGGGCCGCGCCGGCACCAGCCGCGCCGGCCGCGCCGGCCGCGCCGGCCGCGCCGGCCCCGGGCGGCGCCGACGCCGCGCGUCCCGCCUCGCUACAGCUCGCCUCUGCAGCUGCAGGCCGGGCAUCCAUCUCCGGCGUCAGCGACGGUGUGGGCGCGGCCUCGUUGGCAACGCCCUCAUCCGCGCCGCACACCGACCUGGGCCGCCUGCCGGCCUGGCUCCCGCCCUCCAGCGCCUUCACGCUGCUGCUGGCAUCGCCGUCAAACCUGCCCACCGCUGAGGUGGGCCAGCUGCUUGAGUGGCUGCUCAACGCGGCCGCCGCUUCUGGCGGCGCAGCCGCCGCCUCAGGAGCGGUCAAGGGCGCGCCGGCGUUCUCCGUGGUAGGCGCGCGACUGCUGGGCGUGUCGCCCUCCUCGCCACUGCUGCCCGCAGCGGCGGCGGCGUGCUUCGCCAGGCCGGCGGCCGCGCCGGCCUCGGCCUCGGCAGCGGGAGGCGGCGGCGGCGAGGUGCGGGUGCUGGCUGUAGCCUGCGUUGCCAGGGCAGGCGUGGACCCAGACAGCUACUGCCACGACGCCCUGCCCGCGGAGGCCGCCGCCGCGGCGGCGCCACAGCUGCUGACGGCGCUUGGUGCCGUGCAGUGGGCGGACGUGCUGCCGAAGGGCAUCAGAAGCUCUGGCGGUGGCGAGCAGGCUGCGGCCACGACGCCGCAGGCGCUGCAGUCGGUGGGCGCGUGGGCGACGGCGCGUGCAGGUGCGGAGGCGGCGCUUCAGCUGUUCGACGUGCUGCGUGUGCCGACACAGGCCCUGCACCAGCACGGCGGUGCCUUCUCCACGCCGCGCAGCAGCCUCACGGGCGCCGCAACCACGCCAUCUGGGUCAGCAGCUGCUGCUGCGGGUGUGGCGGCGGACCCGCCCGGUGUCAGCACGUUUGUGUCGCUUGUGAGCGAGGGCGUGCUGCGCGAGCCGGAGCUGCUGCGCGCGCUGCUGCGCCGCGCGUGCCGCCUGGGCCUCAGCUUGCGCGGGCUGCAGGUGUUGUACGCGACGGAGGAGGCCACGGCGUCGCUGGUGGCGACGACGCCGCACCGGCCCGCGCCCUUCACCGGCGGCGCACUGCUGGCGCUCAGCGGCCGACACGAGCCGCUGCGGCGAUGGCAGGCACAGCUAGGGCCGCCCGACGCCCGACUGGCCGCGCUGGCGGAGCCCGGCUCGCUGCAUGCGCUGUACGGCGCUGCUGUACGACACAUCACGGCGUCGUACGACGCGGCGGCGGGCGCUCGCGAGGUGGCGGCGCUGUUUUGUGGCGGCGCGGGUGGGGUGGACGCGGCGUCGCCGCGGCCGGCAACCCCGGGCGCUGCGGCCGCGAGCCCUUUGGCGGCUGGUGCUGCUACGACAGGAGCCGCUGUGUGGGGGCUGACCUCGUGCUGUCCCACACAGAGCCAGUGGCUGGCGCUGUCUGGAGCCGGCGCGCCGCGCCAGGCCGCCGCGCUGUGGUGUGUGCAGCAGCUGGUGUGGUGCGGCUACAGCCUGCGCGGCCUGCUGCUGUCGGCGCUGCCGCCGGCCGCGCUAGCGGGCGCGUACGCCUCGGCGUCCGCCUCCGCCGCAGGGCCGCUGGCGGUCGUGGUGGAGGUGAGCAAGGAGGAGGCUGCGCAGCAGCUGCCCGUGCUGCUGUCGGAGCUGCCGCCGCUGCCUGGCGGCGGCGGAGCCGCCGCAGCCGCCGGUGCCGCGGCGGUGGUGUCCCAGAGCCCGCUGUGCAGCUCGGAUGCGCUGCGUCAGCAACUCACACCGGCGGAGCUGCACUCGCUGCCGCCGCCGUACACGGCAGACCAGCUGCUGUCCGCCGCCGCCGCCGUGGCGCCCGACCUGGCGGCGCUGGCUGACGGCGCCGGCCGCGCCAGCUGGGACGGCAGCGGCGCCGGCUUUGCAUCCGGUGCUGGUGCGUCCGACGCCGCGUCGGCGGCGGCGGGGCACGCACACGCCGAGGAUGGCGUGGCGGUGGUGGCGCUGCAGGCGCGGCCGCUGCACGCGGCGGCGGCGGUGCUGGCAGCGCUGGUAGCGUAUGUCACGGCGCCGGCGGCGCCUGCAGCCAUCGGCGUGGCUGCUGGCGGCGCGGCGGCGCAGCAGAUGGAGCUCGUGGGCGUGCGCUAUCUGCGCCAAGUGCCCUCCGACGUGGCGGGCGCGCUGACGGUGCUACAGCCGCAGCCAGCCGGCGCUACUGCCACGUCGUCAUCGCCCUCAGCAGCGGCUGGCGCCGCAGCGGCGGCCGCAACCGGCCGGCACCGGCUGGUGAUCAGCCACCCGGCGCUGCUGGCGGCGUUCAACGGCCCCGCGGCGGCGGCGCGUGUGGCGGCGCUGCUGCAGGUGGCCGUGAGCAGGCUGGCGACAGCGGCGGCGGCGACUCAGGAUGGCGGCGCCGCCACUGCUGCGGCCCGUCCCGGUGACACAAGCGCUGACCUCACGGCCUGGUCCGCCGUGGUCGACAAGCUACUGCGCGAUUACCCCACGCUCGCGCUUGCGUCACCGCUGGCAUCAGGCGCCACGGCAGCGGCCCUUGUGCCUCCGCCACCUAGCGGGACAGGGGCGGCGGCGCAGCCACCGCUGCUGGCGGCGGUCAGCCGCACCCAGGCCGCCGCCAAGGCCGCCCUGGCGCGCGCCUUCUCCUUGGCGCAAGUGUAUCUCGACCCCGGUAUGCACGACGGUGUGCACCGGCCGCCGCUGCCGGAGGCAGCGGCGGUGGCGGCAGCGGCCGCCGCCGCCACCACGCUGCCCUCGCCCUCGGCGCUGUGCCGGCUGCUGGCGGGCCCACAGCGGCUGCCUGCCGUGGUGGCGCUGGACUUUGGCGCGGUGGGCCGCAACCUGCUGCCGCGCCUCAUCAAGGCCAUGGCGCGCGAGGGCUACGCCCUGCACGGCGCCGCCACCGUGACGGUGGGCCUGCGCAGCGCGCUGGCCGCCGCCAUGCCGGCGCUGGCGGAGCUGGCGCCAGCUGUGGUGCUGCACGUCAGCCGCAGCAACGCAGUGGCGCACCUGCGGCACCUGGCGGCGGCGCUGGCGCCGCCGCAUGCGGCCUCAGCCGGGUCCGGGGGGCAGGGCGCGGGCGCGCACGUGUCGGGCGCCAUCGGCGGCGGCGUGUACACGUGCGACACCUGGCGCGACGCGGCGGAGGUGGUGGCGGAGGUGUGGCCGGCGGCGGGCGGCACGGCCAUCGUGAGCGCGGCGGCUGCGGCGGCUCCGCCGGUGGCGCCGGGCGCGCCGGCGCGGCGGUUCGUGCGGCCGGAGGGGUCGCGGCUGCUGCAGCUGACGGCGAUGGUGGUCACUCCUGGAACAACACAUGCCGCCGGCACAGAUGCUGCGUAUCCCAGCCUGGGCGGCCUGGGUGGCCCCGCCGCCGCCGCCGCUCCCACCCUUGACUGGGCCCGCCUGGCGGACGCCCUAGAGGCCCUGCACGCCGAGGGCUUCAGGCUAGCCGGCCUGCGCGCCCUGCCCACCACCGGCCGCGACCUUGCAGCCCUGGCCUCACGCGGCGCCUUCCGCAUCUCGCCGGCGCAGCAGCAGGCCGUGCACGCCAGCGCGGCGGCGGCGCAGGCCGCCGCUGCCGCGGCGGCGGCAGCGGCGGCGGAGCUGGUCGGCGUGGCGGCGGCGGUCAUGCAGCCGCUGCACGGGCAGUCGCAGCAGCAGCAGCAGCCGGAGCAGCAGCAGCAGCAGCAACUGGAAGCGGAGCCGGCGGCUAGCAAUGUGGUGCUUGUGGCGCUCACGCGUGACAAUGCGGUCACGACGCUGCAGAUCCUGCUGGAUGAGGCGUCGGCAGCGGCGGCCGCAGCGGCGCAGCGCGGCGGCCCGGGCCGGCGACAGGCGGCGGCGGCACUAGCGGCGUUGGGCCCCGGCUGUGUGAGCGUCUCGCACAGCCCGGCGGCAGGGGAGCAGCAGGUGCUGACGGCAUUCGAGGGAGGCGCGUUUGGCGCAGGCGGCGUUGCGCUGCUGAAGUGGGAAUGAAUAGGCAUGGUUCUGCCGUAGCAUGGGUAGUGUGCAUGUGUCAGUUAGCUGAGUCGUGAGCUGCUUCCACUGCGAACUGCUGACAUCAGUGUCCAGUAUCUUCCGCGAUGAUUCCGUGUGGGCGUCUCAGGGCAGACAUGUAUUGAGGGGACUGUGGGCUCAAGUAGCCGCAUGCGUACACUGGCGUGGUGCAGCCGCAACGUGGGGCCAGCAGUAGCUAGGCGGGCAAGCUCACGCGUUGAGCAGGGGGUCAAGCAGGCGAUGCUUUUCGCAAGUGUAACCGAUGUGAAUG